GUAUUUAUUAAUUUUACACUUUAGGUUUUUGAUAAUCGUUCUGAAUCUGAUCUCUAACAAAAAGUUUCACAAAAAUGCUAUUAUUUCAGUUUUUUCUAAAAUAAUGUAUUUUUGAAGAAAAUACCCAUAUUUAAGAAAUUACAAGCAGAGAAAAAAUAUAGUUUUUUUAUUAUUAUUAUUGUUUAUAUUACGACCCUAUAAUGGGGGGGUGCUCUUCUUUCCAACCCUCUUCUGUUGACCAAUCAGAGUUCAGUAUGAGAUACCUGAGCAGGUAUAAAACUCCCCCUGUCUCUCACUCUUACAUCAGUACAGUAAACUAACAGAGCUCAUAGAUGAUGAAGACUGGAGGUGUUUUUGUCCUCUGUGUCUUCUGCUUCAUUCUCUUCAUUGGAGUCUGUGGUGAGAUGAAGGACAUUUACAUGAAGAUUGUGGAUCUGGUGGCUCCAGGUGAGAAGAUCCUCACAGAAGAUGCGCUUCAUUGGAUUUGUGAUCAGCUUGAGAAACAUGUGCAGUGCUCAGAUGUGUCCUGUAAAAAGCCAUGUUUUUCUCUGAAUGACAUCUUGGAGGAGAGCAGCGAUCAUCAUGAAGAUCACACACAUGUACAUCUGGAUGUCGUGUUGGGAAACAUCAUUUAUCACGUCCUGCGUGGAGACUGCAUGAGAGCGAACGUCCUGCCAGAGCAACAAUACUUUCUGGAUUACAUCUUCAACAACACUGAUCAUCUCAGUCUGCAUGAUUUUGAAGAGCUUUUGAAGAUCCUGAAUCUGGGUGGGGUGGAUCAUGAUAAUGAUGAUGAUGAUGAUCAUGAGCACAGCAGACACACAGAGGAUCAUCAUAACCACACAAACAGGGACUCUACAUGUUUCAGUGCCAUAGACUUGCUGAGGAUCCACCAUCUGAACGUUUCAACACUGACCAGAGAUCAGUUCACCCAGCUCAGCCCUGCACUGAUUCAGCAGAUCAUCAGUAAAAGCUGUUCUGAGAUCAGUCUGUGCGCCUCGAGACCCGACUUUCUGAGCACAGCCGAGAGAUAUGGAUACGCCACCCUGGCGAACCUCAUCAUUUGUCUGAUGGCCAUGUUUGGUAUGGUGGUGUUGUUGUUUUCCUCCUGUAGUGGAGUGUUUGAGCUCUGUAUUCAGUUCUGUAUCAGUCUGGCUGUGGGUUCGCUGACGGGUGAUGCUCUGCUACAUCUCAUCCCAUCGUUCUUAGGCCUUCAUUUACAUGAAGACAGUGAACACCAUCAUCAUGACCAUUCAGCAGAAACCUUUAACUAUGUUUACAAGCUCCUGGUGGUUGUUGGAGGCAUCUACAUCUUCUAUCUGCUUGAAACUGUGUUCUCUAUCAUCACUCGACAAAAUCAUCAUCACGACAGAGAGUCAGAUCCUCAUCACUGUGACCACAGUAAAGUCCUGCAGAUGUUUCAAAGAAAAAGAGAAAAUCAAUCAAACUCACAGACUGAACUGGUGGAUGGACAAAAAAACAAUCACUCUUACCUGGAGUCAGUCAGUCCUAAAAGAGGGCUGCGUCUGCUUCCCUACAUGAUCACCAUCGGCGACAGCAUUCAUAACUUUGCUGAUGGUUUGGCGGUGGGUGCAGCGUUCUCCGUGUCCUGGCGUUCGGGUCUGGCAACAUCUUUGGCCGUUUUGUGUCAUGAACUCCCACAUGAGCUCGGUGAUUUUGCAGUGUUGAUAAGCUGUGGUUUGUCUGUAAAGAAAGCUCUGUUGUUAAAUGUCGGCAGUGCUCUCACAUCUUUCAUUGGUUUGUACAUCGCUCUGUCCGUCUCUACACAUACAGACGCUCAACAGUGGAUCUCGGCCCUCACCGCUGGCUUCUUUCUGUAUGUUGCUCUUGCAGAUAUGUUGCCGUCUAUGGUUCAUGUGGACAGUAAGAGACCCUGGCUGAUGUUUCUGUUACAGAAUUUGGGUCUUUUGAGCGGUUGGGGGAUUCUGUUGCUCCUGUCUGUGUAUGAAGAUCAGAUUGGGGUUUAAUCAUGUUUACAUGGUAAUGACAUAUCAUGAGCCUUAAACACAAUUGUUUCCUCCUGCUUAUGUAAACAUUGUGCAUGCAAAAGACCGCUGGAAAACA